CGGGAAAUGGAGAGUCAAUGACAAGCUACCCGGCUGUACGUCUGUCCGUCUGUUCGCGGAAGGGGAUUUUACCACCUCUACAGAAAGGUAAUCAUUAACGGCAUCUUGAAGAGUGUUCAGCGUUAACUUGCUUUUAAGUUUUAUUCUGUAGGAAUGACUGAACUAGAGAGAGCCUUACUGACAUGCUAGGAGAAGGAAGCUAGUUGGACUUUUCCUCUUUCCUAACAAUGCAUGGCGUUAGUGUUGGAUAAUUAUUCGGUUAUCUAAGAGUGAUUAACGAGAUAGAAAGUGAAUAUACUUGUAAUUAUCGAAGGUUGUGUGACACUUUCAAAUGCAAUUUUCCGUUACAUUUUGUGUGCAUAAGUUAUGAGCUCGAACUGAGCCUAUAUGCCACAUGCUUUACAAUUAAUGCAUUUAAUAUGUGAUCAUUUUUUAUAAAUUAAUCGUUUAUAUUAAUUCGCUAUGUGAAGAAAUCAUUUUUUUGCAUGAUAAUGACAUAUUUAUCUGCUUAUGACCAUUAAAAAGCGAAAUCUAUUCAGAUAAAACCUGGUCAAUCUUGGAGUAGAUGCUCUAAUUCAAUAGGAGGUGCAUGUGUACUUCACAUAUGCUUGUAUCUGCACAGACUUGAAAUGUAAACAGACGAGUUAAAAACAAGGAAACUGUUUGACUUUGACUGUCGGUGUAUUUGCAAAGGAAAUGAGCCUGACCAUUUCUUUCUGACUUUGCACACAUCCAGAGCAAAGAUCUCCAGAUUAUUUACUACAGCCCAAAUACUAGGAAGAGACCAUGCUAGUGCAACAUAUUGUGAAGUCAUUCAAGGGGCAAAACUAAACGUUAAGGUCUUAAGGAGAAACAGGUAAGCUGUAAGGAUCAGGAGGAUUUCAGGAUGAAGCAAGGGAUUGUCCGUCCUGAGCAGAUUACAGCAGGCAACACUGGACAGCAUUCACUCACAAUAAGUGUAAAAACAGCCUUUUGCAGUUGGCAAAUGUACAUUUGAUAGAUUUCUUGCCAUUUUCUUGUUUCUAAGAAGAGGCUGUGAAAGUUUAAAUGCUGACAUACAAGGAUGUUUUCUGCUAAGGGUUAAGAUUAACCGUCCUCUGCAAGGUAAAGGUCAAACUUUGUCAAAACAAAACUCACUUUUGAUUGUCUUUAAUCCCUCAGAAACAAAAUAUCAAGUUUUAGAGGAAGUUAGAUGCACUAUGAUGUAAAAAAAAUAUGCACAGUUAUAGGCUAAGAAAUGGAACUUGCAUUUUUACAUUGGAAAAGAGAUGAAUAGAUGUAAUUAUUGUCUGGCUCUGUCAAUGUGUCAGUGUUUUGUUUGUACAGGACGCCUCUGUACUCAAAGCUAAACUGUGACAGCCAUCAUCUGGCAGACUUUUUGUCCAAAUCAAUAGUGGAGCUUGUUGUACACAUGGUAAAAAGGGCUGUUGGCAAGUAUUAGACUUUAAUUCAAUGAUGAAAAUGUCUUGUCUUAUUGUUUGUUUACAAUUACUUUGGCUGUAUUCGAUAGGAGGUGAUAGAGAGGGACAGGAAAAGAAAGUUAUCCAGGAUCCUUGCCCGUCUGUCUUUCUGACCACAUGCUGUGUUUCAGCUUCGCACCAUGGCCAUGUAGCUACAUGCUGAGCGAUGGGGGUUUUCAGGCAGCUCUUCCUCCUGCUCUGGAAGAACAUCACAUACCGCAGGAGGAACAAGGUGACUCCAUCAAAGCAAUAGUAGAACCUACCGACUCUGAAUGGGUUUUGUACUACGAGACAUUGCUUAGAGUGUAAAUCUGUGGCUCUAACACCCGCCCUUUCUCGUCUUACACAGAUCCAGCUGAUCAUCGAACUCCUCUGGCCGCUCUUCCUCUUUGUCAUCCUCAUCUCUGUCCGUCAUUCACACCCUCCUUACAAACAGAGCCAAUGUGAGUGUUGUUAUGUAAUCAACAUCUUAACACACACACACACACACCUGAAAACAUGCGUUGUGCCAACCAUUAAAGAGGAUUAACUCACAGAGAGCGAUCCCACGCAUGCACUUUUGUCUCCCUAACCUGCUGAGUUUUGACCUCAAGAGAUACUGCGUUUACAUAAAAUGAUCUAAAGACAUCCUCAAACAUCAGCCUGCAUAUGAUUCAACAUUCAGUUAAGCUAAACUAUAAACUUCAUAUUGACAAGUGAUCAUGAUAGGAGUCAAAAAAUGAGACAGUAUGACACAGUGCACUUUACAGACUGCUUGUUUUCUGUUUCUUAACUUUUCUCAUGUGACAGUGAAACUGGCUGAAGAGGAUAUCAUUACAAUUUCAGAAUACAGUUUUCCUUAAAUAAGAACAGCACAGGUAGUUCUGAGAUAAUUGUUUUGCCUGCUUCCUGUUGAAUUAAACAAUUCAGGUCAACACCACACUAAAGUAAUUGUUCUGUAGCUCAGACUAAUCUGCUGCUAAUGAACUGUUUGUGUUUGUUUUUCCUCUCCUUCACUUUUAGGCCACUUUCCAAACAAAGCCUUGCCAUCAGCAGGCACCUUGCCCUGGAUUCAGGGCAUAAUCUGCAACAUCAACAACCCUUGCUUCCACAGCCCGACACCAGGAGAGACAGCCGGCCAAGUUGGCAACUUUGACAACUCCAUGUAGGUACACUAGAGGUAGAAACAAGGGCAGCUUUCUGGAGCAGAGGAUACAUGUUGGUUGGAUGAAGUAGCUCAAAAGAUAAAGAGAAAAUCUGCAGUUAAUCAACAUUGUAUAUGUUAAUUUCAGUCAUUCUUAUAUAGGGGGGAAAAUUAUACAUUUUCUUACUGGAUAUGUGGGAUUCAAUGCCAGAGUACACAUAAUAAUUCAGACAGAAGAAGCUAGGGAUUAAACCUCAAAUCCUGAAAACAUUUGAUGACCCACUCUGUCUCGCUGUUUUUAUUACAAGGUCAGAUUUAUUGAACCCCUAUAUCCCAUCCUAAAGUUAGUUUCCUGCAUGAAAUUGUGGGUCAUUUUAAACUCUGUCAUGACCUUCAACUAUUCGCAGAAGGGAAACUUGUGUGAAACAACCAGUCUUUAAAACUAUUGUUAAAAUAUAAACCAACUGUAUGUUUAUCCCAGUGAAGAGUCCCUUCUUUGUCAUUCUGUUUCAGACUCUCUCGCCUCUUUGUGGAUGCCCAGACCAUUUUGUCCUACAGUGGAAACCAGAGCUUCUCUGGCUUUCAGGACCUGAUCGAGAGUGUCCGAAUAAUGGGGGAGAGACCUGGAGCGUGGCCAAGUGAGACAGCUCAUUUGAUACUCAUCUAGCACAGAGUUGAACGGAUUCCUUGACAUUUUGACACAAUGGCACUGAAACACAGCGUGUUUACGUCCACUGUAAACUUGAUUCAGCUGAGAAAAAUGUGUUUAUUAUUUUGAACCUCUUGAGGACAGCACUAACACUAUUUAUAGAAAGUUAAUUGGAUUCCAUUGUUAAAUAAUUAAUGAUUCGACGACUUUGGCCAGCAAAGCAUACAAAAUGAAAUGAGUAAAUGACAGUCAAAGUAUGUCCUAAAGAUUUUUUUCCAAGAAGUAAAAUGAAUUAUGUAUUAUUGAGAAACAUAAUCUUGUCUUGGAUUUUAAACAAAGUCAAUGUUCAGCAAGUACAGGAGAGAAAAAUGAUCAGUGUUUGUAAAUCAAAGUAUCUACAACCUCUCAAGAAAAGAAAUAUAAUGAUGAGCAGGAUUUAGUCCCUUCAGGUUAUCAAACACAAUAAAAACUUGUAUAUUUUCCUUCAUGUUUUAAACUCUGUGCUGUUCCCUGUCUGAUCUGGACCAGACUAAGUGGUUACAUCAGCAGCUUGUAUUGGAUCUGUAUAAUACAAACAGGUGUCAAAUUACCUGCUGAAGAUGUCCAUUUAGUGCGUUCAUGAAAGCAGCACAGUCAGACUGCUUGUCUUCUCUUUUGCUGUGGCAGAUUCAGUUACAUGAUCACUUCAGACAAACAGUCAGCUGAAUGAAAACAGACCGACAAAGAGGUUUUUAUGCUGAAAACCUCUUUAUGAGGGCCGAACAGAAACCUGAUAAAUCCUGAAAUCCGGACCCCCAGUUUUUUUUUAAUUUUUUAUUUUGGACCUCAAGACUGUUUUUUUAUACAUUUUAGUUACCUGGGUGUAUCCUACCUUUUGGGUGGCAAACAGAAAUUCAGUAUAACUUUACACCCUUUUUACUGCUUUGUAAUAUUGCUGCUUAAUGGAUGUAGAUAUAUCAUAUCAUAUUAUUUCUGCUUUCAAAGCUUGGUUUGUUUGCAGAAAUUUUGAGCUGUACUUCUUGCUUUUGUUCUCUGCUUUAGAUCUGCCGGUGGAAGAUUAUCUGAGACCCAAUGAGACAUUCACUUCAUUCCUCCUGACCAAUAGCAGCCUGUCUCCUCAGACCGUGGAACAGCUGCUGAAGGCUCGUCUUAAUUUUCAGGUAACAUUUCUGUGAUUAAUCCUGUGACGGCAAACAUUGGUAUGUUUUGAAUGAGGACAUGAAUCCUAAAUAUGAACAAGAUUUGAAAAGCAGUACUUUCCGUUAUGUGGUGCAGAAACAUUCCUCCUAACAUGGAUGGUAGUUUUAUUGUAAAAAAAAGAAUUUCUGCAUGAUUUGUCGGAUUGUCAAAAUCUGUCUAAAGACUGGAACGACAUUUUUUUCCAUCCAGGUUGCUGUGGCUGGAUCUCAGUUGCAGCUAAAAGAUCUUGUGUGUAACAUGAGCGUGUUGAGACAAUAUCUGACGGUGAAUGGAGGAGAAGUCGCCAUGAAUGAUCUUCAGACUCAGCUGUGUAACGUGCCUGCUGACGUCCUUCAGGAGGCUGAACGCCGCUUUCUCACUCAGCUGGACUUGAGCAAGCUCUUCACGGUAGGAGUCUGUGGACAGAAUGAAUACCUGUUAUGUGACCGAGUUAUGGUCAGUAUAAUAAGUAAACCUGUCUGUGUGUUCUCCCUGACAGAGAGAACGUCUGAUGGCUAACGCUAAAGAUCUGCGGGUCAUCAGUCAGGCUGCCACCUCAGUUUCCCAGGAGCUGACUGCCCUGAUUGAUGAUGUAAGAACACACCUAUAACUCAUGUCUUUGUCUGCAUGCCUAAUUAGACUGUAAUUGAAUUUACUGCUGCAUACCACAGUCAGGCAGCUUUUUCUUUAAUGUUGUAGCUCACUCUCGCUUUCAGGUAUAAAUAAUCCUUCAACCCAGAGUGGCUGCUGGUGGAAACUUUUGUUAACUUAGUCUUUGCUUACUUUGUUGCUACAGGUAGGGCUGGGGGAUAUGGCAAAAUGUUUAUCAUGCUAUAUUGUUUUCAUAUCAGUCGAUAUCGAAAUAUAUCACGAUAUACAAAUGAAAUUUUAUAGUGCUUAUUGGUAGCAUGUCUUUUGCAAUACAAUAACCUACUGCAUUUGUGAGGUCUUUGUGUCUCCUCGAUGUUUUGUCAUAAGACGUUGCGCUAGAGAAAGCGGACAGAAUGGUCGGCUGUUUCAGCUGCACAGGCGCCAUGAGCUCCUUGCUCCGCUCGGGGUUUGUAACCAUUUGCAUUGCGUGUGCUCUACCAUGUGGCACUGCUUCAGGUGGUGAAAAAGAUUUGAGGUAUUCCCCGACUUUGUGAGAACAUGUACUCGACAUAAUUUCAGUGAACAUUACUCUGCUUCAUGUCCGACCUCAAAAAACAAAAUACCUCCACACCACUGACGUUUUCGUGCCAGUGUUGUCGACGAUGUCGUCAUCUGUUAAGCCUUCAUCUGCAUUUUUGCCGGGGGUAGCACUUGUUUUCUUUUCUUAUCACCAACAGUGCUGUCGGCUUCACGUGUUGAAGUGCUAUGGUUGCGUGUAGCUGCAGUCUGCUACUACACAGUUGUUUGCCACAAUGUCUAAUUCAGCACAUGAUUGGUUCAAUGUGAAGCAAACCCGCAGCAACUCCUCUUUUCAUUGGCUAUUCGUAUAGUCUACCAAAACAUGGCAGAGUGCCAGCUAUCGAAAAGGAUACUGACCACUAUAUUGAUAUAGAGGGAAAUUAAUUUCCGAUAUAUAUCGUUAUCAUUUUAUCGCCCAGCCCUAGCUGUGACUCUCACAAGAAUCAAAAAAUGACGUUUUUUCUGAUCCAUUCCAGUCCUAUUAUUUACCUUUCUCUGUCCUCUCUUGUCCACUUCCAACAAAACUUUCCUCUCUUCUGUGUCCUCCUUCAGUUCUCCUCCCUCUCCAGCUUCGUUGAGAUGAACGAAGCUCUUCAACUCCUCUCUCCUGAGAAUCGGUCAACACUGCCCAGAGAGAGUUUUCGUGCUUUUUCAAGGAUCAUGUGUGGCCAUCCAGAGGUUGGUGGUGAGCGUAUCCCGUCACUCAACUGGUAUGAAGACAACGACAUCAAGUCCUUCUUGGGAAAAAAUGGCACAGAAGAGACAGACCUGGACCAGGACAACACCACCAGUGAGAUGCUUUGGAUGUUAUUGUGUAUCAGGGUCUGCUUAUUUCCUGACAGUACAGCUAGAUAAGAUCUGACUUUAGUAAGAGUUGUUUUAAGCAAAAAGAAAAACUUAAUUUCAAAAACUUAAAGAUCAACAAGGCACAAUUGAACAUCAGUUUCUAGCCGUGUCUUUGCCACAUUUAAAAAGUGUUUCCUGUCUCAAAUUUGGAUAAAUGUUCCCCUUUUAGCUCCGUUCUGCAAAAGCUUGAUCAAAGGUUUGGAGUUCAACCCUCUGUCUCGCAUCGUGUGGCGAGGAAUAAAGCCUCUGUUUAUUGGGAAGCUGCUGUACACUCCAGACACUCCUGCAGUACAACAAGUCAUGAAAGAGGUACAGAAACACGAUGAUCAGAGCAGUCUGUCCAUGAGUGUUUUUCUGUGAGAGAAAAGGAAAUGUCAAAACAACCUCUGAGUAACAGCUUUGUUAGUGGAGCAGCUGCACAGAUCGAUAAAAGAAUGAGUAUUAUGAGGCAAAUACAUUCAUCCAAGCUGUUUGCUCUUAUUGUUGCUGCUGAAGGUGAACAGGACUUUUGAGGACCUGCUGAUCCUCCAGGAGCUGAAUGCUGCCUGGAUGGAGGUGGGACCACGAAUCAAAAAUUACAUGGAGACCAGUGUGGAGAUUAAGCUGCUGCAGGUACGUCUCAACAGCAGCUCACUCUCAACAUGAGGAAGAUCUCAUAUUUCCAAUUAAAUUUUUUUUAUUUGGUUUUGGUAGGAUUUGUUGAAGCGGCCUGAGGUGGCAGUCCUUGUCAACCUGCGUCUGGAGAAUUCCUCCUGGACUGCCUCACGGAUCGCACGUUUCCUGUCCACACCCUCACCAGAUAUCCCCAGGAAACCCGGAGCACAGCCCACAUGGCUGGACAUCUACAACGACAUUAGCCACACUGUCACCACUCUGGCCCAAGUCACCGAGGUUAUUCUCCUUGAUAAUACCUGAUUUAUCAAUCAAUUUAUCUGCUUUUUUCAAAUAUUAUACAAAGCCCAGCCAUCCAUAGGGGUGAGAGACAUAUUCAAAAAGAGCAAAUUUAACCUUAUUGUAUAAUAAUUAUGGUAAAAGACGGAUUUCAUGGCAGUUCCAGGUGUUAAAAUGCACUCAUAGUUGCACUUAUAGGAUCAUAGAGCCACUUUCUUAUGUAGAGGCCAUCUAUACAGUAAAACAUGUCAGUCUUGUUUUUAUUUGGAUACAAGUGAAACAGUUCUUUAUCAUUUAUUCAUAUUUGUUUUUCUUUUACCUGUCGUCAGUGUUUCUCUCUGAACAAGCUGGAGGGCCUGCAGACGGAGGGUGAGAUGGUCAGCAGAGCGCUUGAACUACUGGAGGACAGACAGUUUUGGGCGGGUGUGGUGUUCAUGCUGCCAAACUCCUCAUCCACAGAGCUCCCUCCACACGUCACCUACAAAAUCCGAAUGGACAUUGACGAUGUGGCUCGGACCAACAAGAUCAAAGACAGGUACUGAAGAAGCACUAAGAUGCUGUUUUCUUGUCGUUCCUCUUGUCUGUUAUUUGACUUUUUACUGGAAUUAAAGACACGGCUUUUGUUUUAUGUGACUGUAACAGAUGCAUUAUUUUUAUAUCUCAGAAUAACGGGAAUAAAUUUAAGAACUUUACUUUGGGGUAAAUGUCGUUUACUUUCUUCUCCUCAAGUUGAAAAAAAACAUGUCAUUAAAGUUUUAUUGGCUUCUCAUGGAAAAAUCAACAAUAUUGAAUAAAAAAUGUUUAUAAGUUUUGAUCUGAAUGAAACAGACAUUUGGCUGUUUUGGUUUUUCAUCAGGUUUUGGGAUCCUGGCCCAGCAGCAGACCCGUUCAGUGACAUGCGCUAUAUUUGGGGUGGCUUUGUGUACGUCCAGGACUUAGUGGAAAGAGCUGUGAACCGAAUCCUGACUGGAGUUGAGCAAACAACCGGCGUCUACAUCCAACAGAUGCCUUACCCGUGUUAUGUGGAUGAUGUGUGAGUCAUCAGUUGUGACUUGUUGUUUGUCAGCGGUGCUUUAAACACUCAAGAGCUCAACAGAAGUCCCCAUUUUUCUCUAGAUUUUGUUAAAACAUAAUUUUUCUGUUAGUCAUUUAUUGUGUGUGUGUUUUUUCUUCAGGUUGAAAUCAUGUCAUGUUGAAUUUAACUUUUGGUUCCUUUCUUUUUCGAACAGUUUCCUUCGAGUGCUAAAUCGCUCUCUACCUCUCUUCAUGACUCUGGCCUGGAUCUACACGGUGGCCAUGAUCAUCAAAGGCAUGGUGUACGAGAAGGAGGCCCGGCUGAAGGAAACCAUGAGGAUUAUGGGUUUGGGAACAGGGACAUUGUGGCUCAGCUGGUUUAUAAGCAGCAUUGUUCCUUUCCUGGUGUCUGCCGGGCUUCUUAUUGCUCUGCUCAAGGCAAGAACUCUGAACAAAAUAUUUUAUUUGUUUAUUGUCAGACUUAAUGCAACAAGUAGACCAGUAUUAAGGUGGAAGUUUGUUUCAGUUUUGCCUAAAACUUCGACCUAAAACUUUUUCUUUUAUUUCCAGUGGGGUGACAUCCUCCCAUACAGCGACUCAUCGGUUGUAUUUUUCUUCCUCAUGGCGUUUGCAACGGCCACCAUCAUGCAGUGUUUCCUCAUCAGCACAUUCUUUUCUAAAGCCAACCUGGCUGCUGCUUGUGGAGGGCUCAUAUACUUUGGCCUCUAUUUGCCUUAUGUGCUGUGUGUAGCCUGGAGGGACCGCCUCACUACCACACACAAAGUCCUUGCUGUGAGUUUUUAAGUCAGUCUGGAAAGAAGCAGCAUUUGCAUACAAAUGUAACAUGAACCAAAUGUAUACAAAACUUUUUCUCUUUCAUCAGAGUUUUCUCUCCCCUGUGGCCUUUGGUUUCGGCUGCGAGUAUUUCUCUCAGUAUGAGGAGCAAGGUGUGGGCAUUCAGUGGUACAACCUCCACUCCAGCCCUGUGGAAGGAGACGCAUACAGCUUUACUGUCUCCAUAUGCAUGCUGUAUGUGGAUGCCCUCAUCUAUGCCGUCGCAGCCUGGUACAUCGAAGCAGUGUUUCCUGGUACGAUAUCUGGGGGAUUUUUCUCAGCUAGAAAUGUCAUAAGAUUAGAGAGGAAUUGAUUUUGUGCUUAAAAUGGUGUGAAUUCAAGAUGACCACAUUCUUUUGUUUCAGGAAAACGUCUAAACUAUACCUACUUUGUGGCUAAAAAUUGUGUCAGACAAAUCAAAUCAAAGUGCUGCAACUUUGUGUUUAUUUUCUGUUAACUCUUUUUUUUUGCACUGUUUACUGCAUUUUAUAUUGUCUAGUUUUGGGAAAUAUAGAAUAAAAAUAAAAUCUAGUUAUGUGAGUAAUAGCAGACAUCAUUGCUUCAGUCAAGAGAGUUUUCCAUAGAGGGUUAGGGUUGAGGGUUGACCAGAGAAGCAUGUUAAGAAACAUGUUGAGUUCAUCAAAAACUAUCUGUGCUUGAUUUGGGCGUUUUUAUGAAAUUUUAUCCAGGCCUAAUGUGAGCAUGUGGGUGUUUCCUCUUCAGGUGAAUAUGGGAUCCCGAGGCCCUGGUACUUUAUCUUCCAGCUGAAUUACUGGGGUGGAGUUCCACUGGAGGCGGGAAUGCCGAUCCCCCCUGCACCAGCAGAACAAGAUGAAGGUAAAAGGCUUUAGAUGCAGGGAGACAUCAGCAGCUGUUUCUCUUUUUCUUUUCGACAGUGAAAGGCACAGGUGGCUCUUAUGUUGCAUAUUUGUUGCUCAGAGUUUUAGCCUGUCUUUCUACUUAAACAGACUUGCACAAGCAUUUUUAAUUUUCUUCUCUGGUUCACUUGCAGGAGAUCAUAGAAGCAGUUUUGUUUGUUUUAGCCAAUAAACUACAAAUCAAAGUUGAAAAAUAUCCACUCAAUUAAAUAUUCAACUAUCAUCAGAUCACAUUGAACCAGAUCCCACUAACCUGACCCUGGGAGUGAGCGUCCGAAACCUGGUGAAAAUCUACAAGAAGGGAGCAAAACUGGCUGUCAAUCACCUCAAUCUGAAGUUCUACGAAGGCCAGAUCACCUCCUUCCUUGGCCACAAUGGUGCAGGAAAAACCACCACCAUGUAAGGAGCAGAGUUUAACCCGUACAACACAAUCACUCUCAGCACUAAAACAUUUAAUAUUAACACUGAAGAGCAGGGCUGAGUAUAAUUUCUGCAAGAAUAUAAUGUAAAUUUAUAAUUGGGUAAUACUGAAGGUAAUUAUAGGAGUUGGUGCCAAAGAGGAAGGAAUAUUUCAGUAUAUUGGGGAUGUUAAACCAAAACUCUAUGUAAGAGGGAAGCUAAAACAAAGUUAAAUCAUCAUAAAUCAUCAUUCUACAAUCCAGUCUCUUUAUGUUAUUUGAUUAAAUAUCAUACUUUUAGACCUUUAUUAUGUGCUAACUGUCUCAGACUGGCAUGUUUUAGGCCUGUUAAAAGGUAUUACAGUGAGAGGAAGUAUUGAUGUGUCUUCAAAAGCAACUACAGGAGGAGUUUUUGAUUCUGACCAAGUUCGGAGGUUGUUUAAGAUGAAAAAUGUUUAUUCUCAUUUCUCAUCCUAUGCUGUCAGAUCUGUUCUUACUGGCCUGUUCCCACCAACUUCUGGUACAGUCUACAUAAAGGGGAUGGACAUCCGCCAUGAUAUGGACAUCAUCCGGAGGACGCUGGGAGUUUGUCCGCAACACAAUGUUUUGUUUGACAUGUAAGGUUUUUUGAGCUGCCGCCUCUACUCUGAUACCAAAAACAAGUAUCAGAAUUCAGAACUAGAAAAAAAAGGAAUCAGUGUAAAAGAUUAGAUUAGAGUGGACAGAUUAAUAUAUGUUUUGACAGUGUGUGUCUCUCUCUCUUUCAGCCUCACAGUGGAGGAGCAUGUGUGGUUUUACGGCUGCAUGAAAGGUUUGUCAGAAGCAGAGGUGAAAGCUGAGUUGGACAUUUUACUGGAGGAUGUUGGUCUGCUGCAAAAACGCCAUGAACAGACAAAAAACCUCUCCGGUAAGCUUUUUAAAAAUCAUGACCUGAUCCUCAUGGUCAGCUUGAAGAACCACUGUAACAUAUUUCAUCAGUAGUACCAAAGGUUAAAGGUUAUCGUUUGCUUUAAAAUACUCACCCUCACUCUGUCUCUAUCAGGUGGUAUGCAAAGGAAGCUGUCUGUAGCGAUCGCAUUCGUCGGUGGCUCCAAGGUGGUAGUUUUGGAUGAACCAACGGCCGGUGUGGAUCCGUACUCGCGCAGAGGGAUCUGGGAUCUGUUGCUUAAAUAUCGCAAAGGUGCGAAGGUCAUUUUCAAGGUCAUAGGCCUUACAGAGCUGAACCAGCAGCCAAGAUGAUUUAGGAAUUAAAGACGUGGUUCAGGCUGACAUUUACACAUAUACACCUAAAAAAAACAGUGUAAGAUAUAAAACAGUAUAAGAUACACAUGAGUCCACUGAAAUAACCACUAUGGAUCUGUGCCAUCUUCCUCCAUCAGAUCGGACUAUCAUCCUGUCCACCCAUUACAUGGAUGAGGCUGAGCUGCUAGGCGACCGGAUCGCCAUCAUCUCCCAGGGGAAGCUAUGCUGUUGCGGCUCACCGCUCUUCCUGAAAUCCCGUCUCGGAUCAGGCUACUACCUCACAGUGGUGAAGAGGGAGGGACUCGACACCAGCACUUUAAGCAGCACCAGUAUCUGCACCAGCACCAGUGUCAGCACCAACAAGCUGCCUCCUCUCAAAGUCUGUCUAAUCUGAUUUAAAUAAUCCAGUCAAUUAUAUGCUUGUAUACUCAGUUCUUAUAGCUGUCAGCAUCCACAAUGUGUUUUGACUUGCAGUUCUAUCUUUAAAGGAAAAGUUACAAAGAAAAAAGUGAAAAAAAAUCACAGGUGAAGUAUCAUAUGUGUAAUAAAGGUCUCAAAAAACUCAUCUUUGUGUUUCAGGAUAGUGAGUCAUCCAUGAGCGAGGACACGGGACUCGGAAGUGAGGAGAGCAGCUUAUGUGAGUGUUUACCUGCUGUAUGACUUUAUUAAGCGUUUGUAAAGUUCAGCUGUUACUUUUGUGAACUCUACCUUAAAAUCUAGAGGACAGCUGGGCUAAAUUUCUUGUUUUAAGUACAAACUCUAUCCUCAUUGUCAUCUUCAUGGCAGACCUGGCAGCGUUGCUCUCCCUGGCACAGCACCACAUUCCUGGUGUAAGGCUGGUUGAGGAGUCAGGUCGUGAGGCUGUGAUAAACCUGCCGCAGUCUGCUGCCAAAGACAGCAGCCUGGCCGUCUUUCUGUCUGAACUGGACCAGAGGCUGACCGAGCUCGGCAUCAGCAGCUAUGGUCUGUCAGAUAGUACGCUGGAGGAGGUGAGACUUUGAUAUUGUUUAUGGAUAAAUAGAUAAAAGGGGAGACAGAGAAGUCAUUUUAAAACUGGAUGAACACUGUCUGAGGUUUAUAAGAAUGAAUAAUGUAGAGUAAAAUGUUUCUAAGACAGUAGUAACAAAAUAAAUGUGAACAAAUCUGAACAAGGAGGUCUUUAAUUUAUCACUUCAAACCAAACCAUCUUAUCCUGAAUCCGCCUGAAUUUCCUCAGUGUCAAGAUCCUGAAACCUGAACAAAAAGAGACUUUUUUUUGUUUUAUGAAACAAAAAAAUAUUUUUUUCUUGUAUUAAUUCAAAGACAAAAUUUCAGCCAUUUUCUUGUUGAGAUGAAUCACUGAAUCAGUGUGGCAUGGCGUGGACGUGAACUAUCUGUGACAUUGCUAAAACACUAGUGAAGCACUGAUCAGCCUGUGCUCUAUUGUCCUCUUGACAAUACCCCACAGAUUGUCGAGGGUUUAGAUUUAAACCACUUGACUGGCCAGUCAAACAUGAUCGCGGUCAGCGAACCAUUCGCUAGUUGGUUUUGGCGUUGUGAGCAGGUGCUGAGUCAUGCUGGUACAGGAAAUCAGCAUUGUCGUAAAGCAGCAGGUGGAAACAUACAUUGCACUACUAACUCAUGGUAGAUGGUUGUGUUGAACACAGUUGACUAACAAAUCUCUCAGCUCUUUUCCACACCAGACCAUUUGGACCAAUUUCCAAAAAAAAUAUCAAGUUAUAUUCGCCUGAAAAGUUAAUUAGAGCACUGGGUAACAGUCAAGUUCUUCCUCCUCUGUUGCUGCUUGUACUUUGUUAAUUUACUUCUAAUUUACGCCUGAUGAAAUGCUCCAAAGUUUUGAGCUAUACUUUUUGUAUUUCAGACCUACAAGCCAUAUUUAUUCAAAUCAAAAUGGAAAUAUUACAUUUAUACAUUUAACAGCAUUUUAAGACUUUACUUUUGGCUAAUCCAGAGUACAUAUCAUUUUCGAUUUCUUUAAGAAAACCGUUGGAAGCUGUAUAGUUUGCUGAAAUAUGCACCACUCUGUCAAAUUUUAGCUCUGCUGGCUGAAAUUCAGUGUUUUUAUAUCCUGUUAUGGUUAGAUUAAUAAGCAAUAAGCCGCUCAAAGUUUUACAUAUUUUAACAUUUUUAUACUUGAUUGUAAUUCAAACUUAUUUGUCAGGAGUUUGGUUUGGAGAGAAACACAAGGCUUCAGCAACAUGAAAAUGACACUAAACCCACUCGCAUACAAAUUUAAUGAUUAAAAUUAAAUUAAAUUAUUCAGUUUAAUUGAUAUUUAUGCACAGUAAUCACAAAUAAAACAGCUACAAUGAGAUUCUUUAUAGAAAAGGCUCCAACAAGCUUAUUCAGAUAGCUGAUCAAAGAUGCCUGCAGUUAAUUUGGUAACAGGUUCACAGAAUGACGCAGUUUAAGACUGUCGAACUAAAACUGGCUGCUGGUGUCAAUAAAGGUCCCUUUAAAAAAUCUCUCAACCCUGCUAGCAUCACGUGGCUCUAAAUGUAUUAAUCUAAAAGUGUCUGUAUCUAUUUCACUUCAUCCCACCGCUGUGAGCUACAGAAGCUCAACAUGUUCAAAUCUGCAGGGUUGGAUAUUUGUGGAGCGGUUCUAGUCUUAAUGGAUUAAUGUUAGAAUCAGAUUAGCUCUGAUUGGGACCUCAUGAAGCCUUGUGAGUUUACCUGGUGUGAAAAAGUCACACAUCCUCUGCUCUUUGACAUCCACUCUAAACCACUAGAUGGUCUCCACUGCCCUCUGCCGUUCAUACUUUCAAGUUUAAUCUUUCGUCAUGGCUCUUGUGUUCAUUUUAGAUCUUUCUACGGAUGGCAGAAGAGACUGGUGUGGAUGCUGAACCUGAGCUGCAGGAUGAAUCUCCUCACAGGCUGCAGCCAACAGCCGGGCCUAGUACAGAGAGACAAAAUGCCGAAGAACCAGAGACAGGUAUGUACACUGACGCUCCAGACACACAGAUUUGCUGUCAUACUCCACAUUGUUUCCAUGUAGUCUGUCGUCUGUUUAGUCUACAAACUGUGUCUGCUUGUUUUCAUUAUGCUACCAGGAAGGAAAAGGCUUCGUAAGCAAGGUACCUUCAGAUCAUCCCCCCCUGAAAUUAAUAGAAAUGGAAAAGAUGAGUGUUUCAGCUAUGACUGAACACCUGAUAGACAGAAUUCAUCCACACUCCUUCCCACACAUCAGUACCAUGUGUUUAUCAGCUGUCGUGUCAUCUUUGUGCUGUUUCCUGUGGAUCUGAUCUGACUAGAGUCUCGUCUGCAUCAAAGACAGAUAAUACUGAAACUGUUUCUCACUGUGUUCAUGUCACUCCUAGAACCUCAGGAGACUGACCUGCUGAGUGGAGAUAGCCGAGGUGGGAUCCCGCUGACGGACUGGUGGCUGACCUGGCAGCAGCUGAAGGCACUCUUCAUCAAACGUUGGCUUUACGCUCGACGGAGCCGCAGGGGCUUCUUUGCUCAGGUGAUAAUGAACAGCAGUGUCACCUUUAGAUAUGAUAAGAAAUGAUCAGAUUUUCAGGUUGUUUUGAUGCUAAUAAAGCAGUUAUUAUUGUUUGGAGGCUUGCUGUGAAUGCUGGUAUUAAUGUUUUCCUGUUCCUCAGAUUGUUCUGCCUGCUGUGUUCGUGCUGAUCGCUCUGCUCUUCAGCCUCAUCGUUCCUCCAUAUGGGAAGUAUCCUGCCCUACAGCUGCAGCCCUGGAUAUACGGAGAGCAGUACACCUUCUUCAGGUCUGCCGCCUCCAUUCUUAUUUUUUCUUAUGCCUCGUAUGUGUAUUAAAAAAAACAUAUGUUUCUCUUUUUUAUUUUGAUUGUCUAUUUUAAAAGUGUAAAUUUUUAUAAACCAACCGAAAAUGAAAAGGACAUGGUUUCUUCUCAGUUACUUUUUCAGUUUUCGUGAGCUUUCAUAUCUCCUGUUUUCUUGUGUCUUCAGCCAUGACGCACCAGGAAAUCCAGCUAUGGACAAUCUGCUGGAGGCCUUGCUGGACCAGCCGGGCUUUGGUACCAAGUGCAUGGGGCAAGAGGAAGACGACAACAGCAUGUAAAGAGCUCCCUGUUUAUAAACAAUACUUUGCUUUGGUGGAACAUGAAGAGUUUAGGGAUGAUAGACUCCUAACUGUAAAUGCAAAUAAAAAAAACACUGAAAAGCAAGUAAUAGAUGGCAAAAAAUGUCAAACAUUUGAAACUUUUAGGGUAAAAGUAGGUUUCUGGGUUUGUAGAAAUCCAUUUAUAAGUUAAAUGUGCUGGUUUUCUGAUAGACUUUCAUCCUCUGUUUCUACGCUAAAUCUUGGUCACUCCGUUUUCUCUUCAGGAGGCCUCAGUGUGACGAUGAACGAGCGGGUCCUUUCUUGAGGCCACAGGUCUCGUUCUCUACCUGGCAAAUGUUCAGCAGAGGCAACUGGAGCAGAGACAGACCCUCACCUGAAUGUCAUUGCAGCACAGAGGACGUCCGUAGGAUGCUUCCUGACUGUCCACAGGGUGCUGGUGGUCUGCCGCCUCCACAGGUCAGCACAGUGUCCAGUUGUAUACAAAUGAGUAAACCUAACUCUGCGCACCUUUUCAAACAUUUCAAUUAUUGACCUUUUAGAUCAAGAGACUGACUGGAGACAUCCUUCAAAACCUGACGACUUAUAACAUCAGUGAUUACCUGGUUAAAACCUACUCCCAGAUCCUCAAGAAAAGGUACUCCAUUUCACACAGACAUGUCUUUUGUUCAAAUACAGCUAUGACAAAGAUAAAUGUAUUCUAUCUUCACCAUUAGUUUUCCUCCCUGUUGAUUUGUAAUUAGAGCUUUAAAUGCACCAUAUGAAUCUUGACCCUACGGCUGUAUUUAGAAGUUUCUAAUGAGGAAGUUAUCAAAGAAAAUACAAGUUUAUUUAAGGCAAAUGCAGUUCAUGGUCAAGAGUGAGGAGUUUAAUGUGAGCGACUCUGUUCUUUCUUGUCAUUAACAGCCUAAAAACCAAGAAAUGGGUGAAUGAGUUCAGGUAAGCUUCCUCAGUAAAUGAUCAUUUUGGAAACUGAAUAUCAGCUCAACCAUCAACAGUUCAAGGGUCAAACAUUUGUUCAUCUCUGCUCUUGUGAAAGGUAAGAAAUGAACAUGAAGAGUUUCACCUCUCUGUUGCAGAUAUGGAGGAUUCUCUCUGGGAGGCAGCGCCACGCAGACUUUAUCUCAGGUCAACCACAUCCAAGACUCAGUCAUGGCAAUCAGGACUCGAUACAGAGUCACACAGGUAUAAACAAGGUUUCAGUCAAAUUUAAUGAAGCUGCUUUUUCACUGAAUGAGCCGCAUGUUUCAUGAUUCACUUUGAUUCACAGAACAGUUCACUGGAUAAUCUGCUGGAGAGACUGCCCGUCUUUCUGAAAGGACUGAACAGUAAAGACAAUGUUAAGGUAAAUGUUGUCUUUCUCCUUGUAUUUGUCUCCGAAGAACAAACAAACUUUAAACAGACCUAUCUGAGAGUGUCCCUGGCUCCAUAUAUUGUAGGUAAUUGUUGUAUUUUUUAGGUUUAAAGUGAAAGAUGUGUUUUGCUGUUCUCAGGUGUGGUACAAUAACAAAGGAUGGCAUGCAAUGGUGUCAUUUGUCAACGUGAUGAACAACGGCCUACUGAGGGCAAGCCUACCACCAGGUCCUGAGAGGAGCCGACAUGGCAUCACUGCAUACAACCAUCCGCUUAACCUCACAAAGGAACAACUCACUGAAAUGGCCAUGUAGGUCCUCUGCUGUAGAUACUUGUAGAUGUUGAACACAGAAAAGGCUGAUUCAUGGAGCAGAAGAGAAAUCAAAGACGUGACUGAGUGAACUCUGUAUGUUAUUGGAUGUUGUACCUGACACAUGUUUCCCUCUCCUCUUCUUCAGGAUGACCACCUCAGUGGAUGUUCUUGUUUCCAUCUGUGUGAUCUUUGCCAUGUCCUUCGUGCCGGCCAGCUUUGUUCUCUUCCUGAUCGAGGAACGAGUCAGCAAAGCCAAACACCUCCAGUUCGUCAGCGGAGUCAAACCCAUUCUCUACUGGCUUGCAAACUUCACCUGGGACAUGGUCAGACAUAGAACUCAGAUGUCUUUUCAAAAUAGUGGAUCUGCCAGUCUAAAUAUGUUUUAAAUAUCAUCUGAUCAUUUGAUGUAAUAAUUAUGAACCAUUUUGCAUAUCACUGUAAAGCCUCAAGGCUCCUGUUUGUCUCUGUCUCGCUUCUUUUAUCCCUUUUCUUGUUUUUAUAAAAUUUGUGUCAUCUUCUUUUCAGUUAAACUACACCGUCCCGGCCACCAUGGUGGUGCUGAUCUUCAUCAGUUUCCAGCAGCAGUCAUAUGUAUCAGAAACAAACUUGCCUGCACUCGUCCUGCUCCUCCUCCUUUACGGGUAGGACCACCAAGCACACUCCACAGACUACAGUCAUGCAUCAUCAACAUUUCAUAACAAAACUUAUUCUCACCAGAAUGUUAUACCACACACACAAACACAAAGUCAAACUAAAAUCAGUAUUUCAUUCACUACAGCGAUCAUUUUAUUUGAAGGUUUUCUUAUUUUGUGUUUGCAAAUUCUCUUUUGUGUUUGUUGGAUUUUUAUAAUCAUAGUAACGUCUGUGUCUUUAAUUAUUUAUUUGCCCCUGCAGGUGGUCCAUCACCCCUCUUAUGUACCCAGCAUCCUUUGUGUUCAGUGUCCCUAGUACAGCCUAUGUGGUUCUGACCUCCAUCAACCUUUUUAUUGGAAUCAACGGCAGCAUCGCCACUUUCGUCUUGGAGCUGUUUGUUGACGAGGUAAAAGACAUAUAGAUGUAAAAGACAUAGAUGUGUUAACUUCCUAAUAAGAGCAAAACAAAAUUACUUGGGUGCUCAUAUGCAUAGAUAUUAAACUUCACAACAGCUAAACAGUUCAACCACAAUCACCACAAUUAUCAAUGAGAAUUUUAGUUAUUUUACACUGAGCUUUCAUUUUUUAAGGUUUAUGAAAAUAUAUCCUUGUUGAAGGCAGCGAGCCUGGAAGUCUAAACAAAGUCUAAAAGCUGAAGGUCUAAAAUGAUGACUUUUUUGUCUUUCCAGCACCUGAAUGAGGUGAACAGAAUCCUGAAGAAGGUCUUUCUCAUCUUCCCUCAUUUCUGUCUGGGACGAGGACUCAUCGACAUGGCCAAAAACCAGGCCAUGGCAGAUGCCUUCCAAAGGCUGGGUAACUACAUAUCCUCCUUUAAAUAGUAAUUUGUUUACCAAGGAGUGAGGAUUUCAUAUCUGAGGAUUAUUUUACCUUCAGGAGUACUCUGAUUCUCUUCUUUUGAUGUUUGCUCUGGGUCAUGUAUCUACAAGUCUAUAAAUCAAUCUACUUUUAGUUCGUUUAUAUGUACAUGUAACACUUAAUAGGUGUUGAGCUCAUCUGUGUAUAAGUGAAACUUCCUCUACAAUCUUAAAUAACAUCAUUGUUGCUUAUACUUCUACAUCUAACUGCAGCAAACACACUUAAUAAUCAGUUAAUGUAGAUAAUAUCUUCUUGUGUGUUUCCUCAUGUCCAGGCACAAAGCAGACUCUGGACCCUCUUCAGUGGGACUUUGUGGGAAAGAACCUGUUUGCGAUGGCUGCUGAAGGCAUCAUCUUCUUCAUUUUCACCGUAUUGCUGCAGUACAAGUUCUUCAUCAGCUUCAAGUACGUUUAAAACGAACUCCCCAAAGAGACAAAAAAAGACCCCUGCUGAUUUUCUCUUUUGAUGAUUGUCAUGAAGACAUGGAAGUUAAUAGUUGCAGCCACUGGGAGAUGCUGUCCUCAUUUAUCAGACAACUUAAUGAAUAUUUCCAUGCUAUCAUUGUAUCAACCACUAUAAGUAUACAGCAUUGUACAGUGUUGUGAGUUGAUUAUUUUGAACACCGCUAACGUCUUACUGUUCAUUAAAAACAAUAAAUGCCUUCUUUUUAGAGACAUCACAGGGUUUGCUUUCAUAUUAAAUUAUGUCCCGUGUUAAAGAAACAUAUUUUUCUGCUUCUUUCCCAGGCCGUGGUGGGCUGAGCCUGAGAUUCCUCCUCUUGGUCCAGAGGAUGAGGAUGUGGCCAGGGAGAGAGAGAGAGUCAAAAGUGGCAAAGCCCAGUCAGAUAUACUUACAAUGAUCGACUUAAGCAAGGUACGACCGGUGAAAAAGCCAAAAAGAUAAAAAUAAUACAAGUUUAGUUCAGUAUUUACCUCUCUAAAAGAGUAGUGUGGAGUAAUAGAAGAAACGCUUCACAAAAAUAAGGCUUAAAACCAUCAAAGCUACUCAGUCAAGCUCUGUUUAUAUGAGCUAAAGGCAUGUACUGAAUGCUGUUUGAUCUUGCACAUCAUUGUCUUUGGUUGAUGUUUUAAGCAAAGAGCUUUUAUGUCUUGCAGGUUUAUAAAGCAGGCAGGAAGCCGGCGGUAAAUCGCCUUUGCCUCGGGAUUCCCCGCGGAGAGGUGAGAAACACAAAAACCAGAGCAGCACUGAUUUUACAGUAUGACUCAAUAAACUGAAUUACUCACUGAAAACAGACACACAAUGGCUCACAUACGCUCUUAUCAGCACUGUUUGUGAGUCACAGUUUUAUCCAUGAAUUAAUUUCCUUAUAAAAAGAGGCAAUGUAGGUCACAUGUUGAUAACUAGUUCACCUAGAAAUAUUAUUACUUCUUUUAUUACCAAGAUUGUUUGUGCUAAUAAUGCUUAAAAAACUUGGGCUGAGAUCAACAACCGUACUCUCAGCUACAACUACAAUAAUUAUGUCUAUUAAUUCAGUAGCAUCUGUUUAGUUUUUACUUUACGCUGUCAUGUUGUUUGGAAUUAUCCCAGGCACCUUCUUCUGUAUUUACAACUUUAUGUUUCUGUCUGUGUGUGUGUACCCUGCAGUGUUUUGGCCUGCUCGGGGUUAACGGAGCAGGAAAGACCUCCACCUUCCGCAUGCUGACUGGAGACACGGAUGUCACCUAUGGAGAGGCUUUCCUCAAUCACUACAGGUACAUACCAUCCUCACCAGAAAAUGAUUCAGCUGAAACACAGGCUCUCUUCUUACAGUGUGAUCAGCAUCAACAACAGUUGAUGUAACGUUGAAAUAAUGAGAAUUUGUCGUUAGAUUAACUGCGUUUAUAUGCUGCUUACUUCACUGAGAUCAACUUUGAAAUAAGCUGCAAAAGCAGUAUUACUGAAGUCGUUAAAGUAGCAUAAAUAGGACUAAGAAGUUAGAGGUAAGGAGUGUGCAAAUCGUAGAGAUAGUAUUUGCAUCAGCAAAAGCAGCACAGUCGAAGGAUUCGUAUUCUUAGUUGUAAAAGCAACAUUGUGGCAGUAAUGUUAUAAAUAGUAGUUGUGUUUGUGUAGUAAUUCUGAACUGUGUGUUUCUGUUGCUCUCAGCGUGUUGACAGACAUGGAGCGAGUCCACCAGCUGAUGGGUUACUGCCCACAGUUUGACGCUAUCAGUGACCUUCUGACAGGUCGGGAACACCUGGAGCUGUACGCCCGCCUGCGAGGGGUGCCAGAGGAGUCUGUGACCAGGGUAAUGUGCAGCACAACUCACCUCAUAACAGCUGAUAUAAAGAUCUUGAGUUGUUUUGUGUUCAUACUUUUCAGACAAGAAGAUAAAACUGAUGCACUCUGCAAAAACAUAAGAAUAAGAAGAACUUAAUUUAUCCCCGAAGGUAAAGUCAAUUUAUGAAGUAAUGUGUUUUAUCUGCUGGCCUAAAGGUGGCGCAGUGGGGGGUGAAGAAGCUCGGACUGACUCAGUAUGCAGAGCGGGAGGCUGGGGGCUACAGUGGAGGCAACAAAAGAAAACUUUCCACCGCCAUCUCCCUUAUCGGAGCUCCACCUGUCAUCUUCCUGGUGAGAAGAGAGAAGAAGAAGCUGUUUUGGACUUUAGAUUUGAAUAGAUGAUUGAUCUUAAUCGUUACACGUGUUUAACUUUUGCUGAAAAUGGAUCAGUAAUUUGGCUAAUAUUUUCAGUGGUUUGAUACUCACAUUAAUCUGAUUCUUGUAAGGAUGAGCCCACCACGGGUAUGGACCCAAAAGCCAAGAGGUUUCUGUGGAACUGCAUCCUGAGUGUCACCAAAGAGGGCAGAGCUGUAGUUCUCACUUCGCACAGGUACGUAAAACCAGAUAUGCGCCAAAUUAUUCUUUAUAAACUCAAAGCAAAUGGAUCCAUGGCUUCACUAUAGAGACACGUGAGCAUGUUGACACUCAGAUCUUUACGAUUCUCCAUAAAGUAAAUAUUCAGUGUCUGUGUUGAUGUUCCUCUCCUGUGUCUGUGUGGUCAGUAUGGAGGAAUGUGAAGCUCUCUGCACCCGAAUGGCCAUCAUGGUGAACGGCAGAUUUCAGUGUCUCGGUUCAGUCCAACACCUAAAGAACAGGUAACCAGCUCUACUAUCCUGUUUCACUUAUCAGUUCAAAGCUGAAUUCCAAUCACAGUGUUUCAGUCAUUGAAUGGAUCACUUUCUUAUACUCACUCUUCAUGUUUUUUUUUUUUUUGCAUCUUCUGUCCUCCAGAUUUGGUAAUGGCUACACUAUUAUUCUCCGUCUGCUGGAUAGUAAGAAUGACCCGGACUGUCCAGUCGACACCUACAUGAGGAAAGCUUUUCCUAGUUCUGAGCUGAAGGAGCGCCAUCAGAACGUGCUGCAGUACCAGCUGCCCUCACACGCCUGCUGCCUCGCCCGAAUCUUUGAUGUCCUGGCCAACAACCACGAUGAGCUGGGCAUCCUGGACUUCUCUGUUUCACAGACCACGUUGGACCAGGUGAGUAAUCAUACACUUCUGAUAUUCCUGCAGAAUGGUUUGUGCUUCUCUCCUUAUCUGGAUCUACUUUAGAUCUAUAUUAAAGAAAGCUCUACUUACCAAAUAUUCUUUAUCAUGGCAAUAUAUUAGCCGCUCAACUGGGGUUGUUCUCCAUUCAGGCUGCGUAAUUAACUUUUUGGUCCCCCAGCCACUCAGUUUUUAGAGGGUGUUGGAGCUAGGGAUAUUCCGACGUAAAAUUAAUUCAGGGUCAACACACCGUAACACCGAGUUAGACACCCCCUCGAGAGAUGAAUGUUGCCGACCGCUUGCUUCUCUAGUUUUACCAACUUUAGUAACGACUGCAGGAUAGCAAAACACAGCAGUCUGAGGAGCCAUAAACAAACCUCAACCAAAACGCCACAAAUAAUGCUCAAAACAACACCUAACUUGAUCAACAGUACAUAUAGAGUCCCAGCCACAGCACUAGCCACCAAACAUAUUUUUAACUUUGACUGAUUUCUUUAGCAAAGAGACUAAACACAACUCACCCACUCUCUUCCAGCAGCCGCUUGUUUAUGGCGAGACCCCGGGCCAAUCCAUUACAGACGGCUGCGGGGUGACGCAGCUCAAGGAAGAACAUUUGUGAUCUUUUCUUCAUGGAAAUGCAAUCAGACCAAGAUACUAAGGCAGAAGAACUACCGUGUCUGAAGUGCAAAAUGAUUAAUAUGAUGAUUAUUACUUCAAGGAAAUGAUGAAGAAAUGAUCAUAAAUGUUCUUCCUUGAGCUGCGUCACCCCGCAACAGUCUGUAAUAGACUGGCCUGAGGUCUUGCUGCAAACAAGCGGCUGCUGGAAGAGAGUGGGUGAGUUGUGUUUGGUCUAUUUGCUAAAGAAAUCAGGCAAUAUGUAUUGUUGAUGAAGUUAGGUGCUGUUCUGAGCAUUAUUUGUGGCUAUAGAGUGGCGUUUUGGUUGAGGUUUGUUUCUGGCUCCUCAGACCGCUGUGUAUUGCUAUCCUGCGGUCGUUACUAAAGUUGGUAUAACUAGAGAAGCAAGCGGUCGGCAACAUUCAUCUCACAGGGGGGUGUCUAACUCAGUGUUACGGUGUGUUGACCCUGAAUUAAUUUUACGUCGGAAUAUCCCUUUAAAUUGCUUUUUGGCUGGUGGUGAUUGCUAGUUUGUGAUUAAUUAACGCAUUAGUAUGACACUAAGCCGUUUUAUUUUUGCAGGUGUUUGUCAACUUUGCCAAGGAGCAAACUGAUGAUGAUGAUGGCCUGACAGAUGUGGUCGUUGAUAACAGCACAGUCCAGACCAACCGGACUUUGCUGCCCACCAGGAUUAACUCCCCAACAAUCCAGCCACAGCCCCCAAUCACUCCCCCUCAGCCGAGCAAGAAAACACAAAAGCAAGGGAAAUCGUCUGAAAGUAAACCAAAAGAGAGUAAAUCAAAAAAGGCCAAAGCGACCAAGGCCAAAGCUAAAGAAGGCAAAGCUAAUGGAGACAAAAGCAGCAGUACAGCCAUGACCAGAAUACAUCAGGUGAGCCGGAGUGGCAGCAUUGAAUCUAGUAACAGUAAUGGCGAUAUUCUGGGAGAGUCCAGUCAAUCCAAAUCCAAACACAGAGCAGAGAGCUCCUCCAAAGAUCCUUCUGAACUCUUUGUCGUUGACCGCAACACGCAGGACAGCUCCAUGUGAAGAGGAGGUUUGUAAAAUGAACAGAGGGUACAGGUUUUGAGGACCAAGUUAAGUCUGAAGAUUUUAUUAGACGCUGUACUUUGAUUUGAAUGUUGCUCAGUGUUGACAGCGACCUUAAUAUGAAGCAUGAAUCAGUACAACUCAUGGUGUUAGAAGAGAAAAAGAUGGACUCGGGUAAUAUUAUGAAUGAACUAUUAAACUGAUUCAUCAGAGGUAAAUUUGUCUGAUGAAAGAUCCUAAAGUUUUGCUUCUGUGUACGGCUCUGGUGCCUUGUUCACCUCCCUUACAGAUCUGUAGCUUUAUACCCAUUCUUUUGGUUCCUGUUACACUGUGUUUUUUCCUCCUGUCAGCUCAUAAUCCCAAAACUGUGGUUUAUUUAUUUUGAAAGAAUAUUAUGCAAGGCCCCGAGUAAAAACAAAACAAACAAACAAAAAAUGGUUUGGUGUUCCUCAGGGCUCAAUCACUGGACCUGUGACAAUCUUAUAUUUAUUUUGCAGAAAGCACUUUAAAAGGAAAAUGCUGCAAAAAGUUAAGUACCAGAAAUACAUUUUAUAUAUAAUGAAAAACUUAUAUAAAAAGCAUUUGUUAGGCUGUUAUGAUAUAGAAUCUCUUGUAUGGAGAGCAGUCUUGUUGCAUGUUUGUCGUAAAUGAGAAACUGUUAAUUGUAUUUUUUUGUCUUGAGUAAGAAUUUACUUACAAAAAUGUUUGUUUUUAUUUAUUAUGUUAUAUUUAUCAUUGGGUUACAGUGUCAGUGUCUUGUGUUGUACAAGAUUAGGAGGGAAAAAAAUCUUGACUUCUGCCUGUUUUUGUCUUUUUUUUUCUUUUGAGGUCAUGUUUUGUUAUAAAUCUCACUGAGAUUUGACACCCAGACUUUCUGCACAGCUGUUGAAAUGUCUAGAAACUAAUUUAGUUACACAUAGUGUUUCCAGAUAAUAAACUUCAAGUUGCACAAUUUGAUAUUUUUUUACAGAAUGCCAAACACUCACAAAAAAUACCGAUCAAAUAUGUGAUGGUAGGAAUCAGUCUGAAAUAUCAACACCAGAUGUAACAACAUUGCCUUGUCAGCAGCUGUAUCUUUCAUACUUUAAAGUUGUUUUUUGAUAAAUAGCUUAUUUUUUUUCUAUUAAACAAAUACACAGCUGACUGAAUGUCCAAAGCAAGACCUCGCUGUACUGUAAUGCAGUGUUACAUAUCCAAAAAGAUUGUCACAAUAGUUGGUUGUGAGACAAAGUUUUACUUUAAAACUGUUACAUGGAAAAAAGGUUCAAAGGUUGUUUUAAAAUGCUGAAAUAAUGUAAAGUCAUUCAGCUGGAUUUGGAGAGUAGAUGUUUCAUUUUGGCUGAAUGAAAGUCUGUUCUCCUGAAUGUACUUUUAUCAUGCUUGAAAAGUCAUACUUGAAAACAAAUGUAGCAGUGCAUUGACUGAAGGACACGCAGUAUAUAGAGGAAAUCUGUCUGCUUAGAUUUUAAAAAGUAUACAAGCUGAAUAUCUGAAUGUUUGUCCUGAAGGAAAAUUAAAUCAUAUUGUUUCUUUAAA